AAACUAUCGCCACCGGAGGUCGUCACCCUCACAUCAACGUGACAGAGGCAGAGGCCUUCAUCCAGCGGGUCGGGAUCACCGCUGAAUAGCUUAGGGAGGUGUUGGUGGUCCAAGCCCCGAACCACGAGGUUGUGGUAGAGGAUGCAACCGGGAGGCCAGGUGGGGGGAAGGCUAGACCAGCAGGCUCUGAGGGGAGAAAGAAGAAUAAGGUCAGACGAUCCCAGAAGAAGAAGGCGACCAAGCCCAACGGGAAGUCUAUGGUUGAGGAUGAUCUGUCCAGAUUGGACGAGGAGGAUGCAUCGUCCUCCUUCGAGUGGGCAUUUGCCUUCGAUCGGCUGGGAGAUCCCAAACUAAAGAAGCCACGAACCUCUGCAUUCGAUCGGCUGCAGGAUACUCGGUCGGCUCGGAAGGGCGACCUGAGGGACAAACUUAAGGAGAGAAGGGAGGAGUCCUCAGCGACAUCCAAAGCUGGCUCGGAGGAGCGACGUAAGGCGAUCGAGGACAAGAAGGCGAUCGAGUUAUGGAGGAUGUACGAUCGUCUGGAGAAGCGACUGGACGCCCAGAAUAACUUUAAGACCCCCCAGAUCAAGGCGUAUAACGGGACGACCGAUCCCCAAGAUCAUCUUGUGCGCUUCGGGGCGAAUGUGAUCAUUCAGGAGAGUUUUAGUGUCCAAGACGCGCCCAAGUACUGCGAAUACCACCGUAACAGCACCCACAAUACGACGGAGUGCGUUACGUUGAAGAAGGAGAUGGAUCAGUUGAUUGCUAGAGGGCCGCCACCUCGACCGGAGAGGCAGGCACCUGGGAACCGGACAUGGAGGAGACCAGCAGCUGCCACCGCAGCGAUCACCAACGGGGAGGGAUUGGAAGAUGGUAGGCGACAUCUGGGGAGAGACUGUGAGGACUUGGAUGAAUAUGAAAGGCAGAACCAUCAGCAUCUGGGAUGUUAGUUCAUCAUGGGUGGAAAUACCGAAGGGGACUCGGCGUCGUCACGAAGGAAAUGGAAAAGGGUGAAGGAGCAAUAUAGGAGUAAAACAUUG